CGGGUUAUUCUUAGCUGAAGCCAUCGACUACCUUCGACCUCCCCCAAAAACCUCCCCACAAGCUUUCAACCGUAGGGAAGCUCUUGGCCGCCAGCACUGCGAUGCCUUCGAAACUUCCAUGGUCCAAGUCGAAUCGCUCGCAGCAUUCUGUUGACCAUUCCUCUGGCCAUUCCUCGCCUGUGCCUUCUAUGAACAACGAGGCCGCUGCACAGCGAUUUACUGCCCCCGACGGCCAGCAACCACAACAACCUCUCCAGGGCCAACAGCAACCUUUAAUACAGCAGCAGAUCCCUCAAUCCGCCGCACAGGACGCAUAUAGACAGCAAUUCCCCGCUCGCACGACAAGUCACCGACACUCCACCAACCUCUCCCUCCAGCAGCCCGCGCUGGUCAUCCAGCCCGGCCAGAAUCCCAUCGCGCCGCAACCCUCACCGGCGGCCAUUGAGCAACAGAGACGUGGCUCAUACCAACCGCAAUCGAGCAAUUACGUGCAACAGCAACAGCAGCAGCAGCAACAACAGCAGCCACAGCAGGAGACUCAUAAAAAGUCGUUGCGCAGCCGCAUUGCGGCCGGGCUGACUGGGCACAAAGACGACGAAAGUCGGCAUUCAAAGGGGAACGGCAUUGUCGGAAGACGCGUAUCGGUCAGGAAGAACGAUACACAACCACGACCGGAGAGCUACCAAUCGACGGGCAACGACAGGCUUCAGGCUCAGCAGUGGUCGCAGAGGCAGGGAUCCAGCCCGCAUCUGCCCACGUCUAACGAGCAGGACGAGGACGACUUAGACCCGUUCCUCCAACAAGACGAUCGUGCUACACCGCAGCCACCGCCAAAAGAUCCAUCUUUUCACCAGCAGCAGCAUCCUCAGCAAUUUGUGCAGAGCUCGCACCAGGAGCAGCAGCAGCAGUACGGUCGGCCCCCACUCGCUAAAGUAAACACCGAAGGGAGUUAUCAUACACAAGGCGGGGUAGAUCACUAUAGCCCCGAGCACCAACAGGGUCUCACGCCGCAACAGCAGCAACAGCAACAGCAGCAGCAGCAACCUCAACAACAACAACCUCAACCACCACAGUCGCAGCAGCAACAGCAGCAGCAGCCACAGCAAAUUUAUCAAAGUUACACGCCAGCGCCUCAGCACCAACCCCAAAACCCGAACGAGUAUCAGGCGUUCCACCCGCAGAGUGCGCAGGGCCCCCACCCUAACUCUCAGCUGCAGCCUCAAGACCUCUCACCCCAACAACAACAACAGCAGCAGCAGCAACAACAACCCUUCUACCCAUAUCAACCACCACCACAACAACAGCAACCACCGCCACCACAGCAAACGAAUCAACAGGUACAGCAACAUUCUCCCCAAGAUCACCAACACCCCAACAUCCUAUACCAAGCCCAACAGCAACAAUUCGCACCUCCGCCUCAGCCGCAGCAGGGCCAAGACUUCCAUCAACGGCACCUCCAGCACGACCGUCCUCCAUCGCAGCAGCAAGAGCUCUCGAUUCUCCAAUCCCAACAGCACCAAAUACCCCAGAUCGUGCAACAAGCGACCCAAGCUGACCCCCACCACCUACAGUCACUCCGCCCGCCUUCACAGCAUCAGCUUGCCCCACCCUCGCCCAUCCAGCAAACACCUCAGUAUCAGACUCACGACGUACAGCAGGGCCAAACUACCCAAUCCGCCGAGACUCACGGUCAAUCCAUAACUCCCCCACAACAGGGUCAACAGGGUCAGGACAGCAUGGCGCCGUCCAGCCAGCCCCGCAACACGCUGCGCAAGGUCAACGAGGCCGGCGGUCAGCCCAACAUGCCCUCGCGAGAGUCUUCUCUCCUGCAACAACCGUCAGGUCAAGGUCAGAAUCCAGGACAACCACCCGUGUCGCCGGGCAUCGCCACAUUCGGGGCUAACGUCGUGCCCUCAGCUUCACAAGGACAACCCUACCGAGGGGAUAAGGCAGGACAGCCAGGCCAGAGUGGGGACUUGGGUAGAGCUACACCGCCGCCGCGAUCUGCGACCGAAAUGUCGGAAGAUGAAGUAUUGCAAUUGGUCAAGGAGCAUGAUGUGCUGCGCGAGAAAUAUCAAAAGGUCAAGCGUUACUUCUUUGAGCAACAGUCACAGGUACACCAGUUACAGAACACCCUCGCACAUCAGCGAUUGUCGCUGUCGCGAACGUCUUGGGACGACAGUGAAUAUGCUACUCGAUUUAACAGGAUAGACGGGCUGAUAGCACAGCUAUCAUUCUCCAUUCGCAAGGAUUGGAAGACAAUACCGCAAUGGCUCCACCCCGUUGUGAACAAGACGGCUGUUGAGACGGGUAAACAGGAGAUGACGGCGGUCGGUCGCGCGUUUAUUUCGUCGUGGUUGGUCGAAAACAUCUUCGACAAGUACUUUCACCCAGAUCUCGAAGUCGGCCUGUCUACACAAUUGAAGACGAUCCAGCUUAACAUCCGAAAGUUCUCCCCCGCGUGCCAGACGAGCGAAGACGAAGAGGCUAUUGUGGCCAAAGUCAUUAAUUGGCGGCUAGCUACAUUGGAAGGCUUGGCGGAUUUGCUCAAAGCCCAGCAGUCGGCGACGAAUCGCCAGGCUCUGAUUGAAGAGCUGAACGAGAAGCUCAUCGCAUCACUCCAAAUGUAUCUCAACGACCCUGCUCCGCCGGACCUCAACGGAGGUGUGACGAUGAUCAUCGAAUUGGCUGUCAGCGUUGCCCAACAUCUGCCACUCGAGAGCCGAGAAGUACAUAUUGAGUAUUUCUAUCCUGGCCAGGGCCUUCUUCCCGACAUGAUGAAGGUGGAAUCGGGCAUCCCCGCCCUGACGAACCCCAUCGUUGACAGCGAGGAGGCCGAUCGGGCGUCUCUGCGAAGCGUCGCAUCUAAGGCCGAAGACUCCGCGUCUCUUGCCGAGCAUGAGCAAGCCCAACAAGCUAGCCAGGUUCCCAAGGAGGCUGCGGACAAGAAGCGCAGCAUGUUCGACAACUUUAGGAGCUCGAAGAAGCCGUCGCAGACCCCCGCGCAGCUCGGAAAGCGCGAAUCGACUCUCGACCAGGGCAGCCAGCACAGCUUGUUACAACCCCGGCCGAGCAGUUCGAGCGGUAGCAAAGAUGAAUCACCGCCCCAGCGAGUCCGUCUGGCCGUUGGAGUCGCGGUCCAGACCCGUGGAAAGAGCAUUCUCAUCAAAGCCCCCGUAUACACGACGUGAAACGGUCAUUGAUGAUGAGUUCCCAUUGUGAAUAUACCCCCUGUAGAAUGACUUGGGUUGCGUAUUCUUGACGAUCUAGAUGGACGUGGUAACGAAUGUCUCAUUUUUUUUUUCCUGUUUGGUUUAAUAUUUAUUCACAUAUUGGCGCCUCCUACAAGCUGCAGAACCAUUGAUUGGAUCGGGGGAUGGUGG